AUGAAUACAAAAUCUCCGAGCAAGCUGCGUCGUGCGCUUUCGGGCAAGAACGUAAAUCAUCGCACAGGUUCUGUCUCUCCAAAGAAAAUAACAAAUAUUCUAGCUGCUAAGCUGGAACGUGAGAGCCCGGUACGAAAAGUCAAGAAACCUACCGACUCUGAUGCUAACUUCACGUUUUUCGAGCAAACGGCAGUGGAGCAAAAAUUAGUUGCAGUGGAAUACCAGAGCCUGCGACAGGACACUUCUUCGAUACCUUUGGAUGCGGAAAACAUUUCGAGGCAGGAUAAAAAAAGCACCAGGAAAUUACAAGAUAUGAGCUCGAGACUACCGCUGGCGGAUCUCAACGUCGAGGAGCAUGCUGGGACUUGGGAGUUUUUUGCAAAUAGUGGCAGCCCUGCAAAAUCUAACUCAGCAUCGCCAUCGCGCAACAGCAGAGAUCCCCAGUCUGGAUCCUCUCCCCUGAAAUCGGUGCGCAAACUAACCUUUGACAAAUAA